UCGAUCUGGAGGACGAAAACUGGUGCGUCAACCCUACGUAAGUGCGACAAGGCCAGAUGACCAUAGAUUAUUUAUUAUAACUGCGGUGUAAACGCGGACUCAUUUAUAAAACUGUCACAUGCCGCGAGUUAAAACCUUAAUUCGUUUUCGCCCAUUUCCCUCGUUCGCUACGACGGACUGCAAAAUUGUAUAACUCGAUUCAUUAGACCUCGUCGCUUAUCAAAUGUAAGACACGUACCAUUUAAAAUAACUAAGUUUGACCGCUUUGUAUGAUUUGUUGGUAUUAAAAGAUUUAAAGUACAUUUCCACUAAUAAAAAAAUGUAAACACGUAAUACAAAGCGACAUACAACAUUUAAUCCUUUGGCUUAAAACUGGAGUUUACUGCUAGUUUUUAUCACACCUUUUUACCAAUACAGUUAUUAUUUGUAUGACAUUUUGACAGUAUUCGAAUGUCGCGUUAGGUCUUCAAAAAUGGCUUACCAGUCUUUCAAUAUUUACAAUAGCGAUGAUUCUAAAAAAGACUAUCCACUGGUCGAUAAUAGUUACUUUUGUAUCAUAAUUAUUGCAGUUAAAUAUUUUUAUACUUUAAAUUGGUUAAUCUUUUUGCUAUAUCAAUCUAGAUUACAGUCUGAAAUUUCAAAUGUCAGAGACAUCGCCAUGUCAGUUAAGCAGUACUCUAACACGUUAAAGCGCUGCAUUUCAAUCACUUAAGUCUUACUAAAUGCAGCGCAGCACAUAAAUAUUUUACUGUCUCAAUCGACGUGUCACUAUUGCACAUUAUAAAUUAAAUUCACCUUUAACAUUGUUAUAUAUUAUUAUACCUGCAUAACUGGAUAGAUUGCGUUGAGUUUCAAUAAUUAGAAACACUGUUACGACCGAGAUGAAGGAAGAGAAAUCAAUCUGGGGGACGAAAACUGGCGCACCAACCCUACAUGACUGGCAUAAGGACAGGGAGAUAGUAAUGAACUGCAUAACUGGAUUGUGGAUCACGGGAUGAAUGACUGUUGCCUGUCAUCCAUCCUUUCCCUCUCUAUUAAAGAUAGGCAACGCAUCUGUCGCCUUCUAGGUCAUAGUGGAUGACGGCCACUUCUAUAUUUUAGCGAUUUACGAACUGGUAAUAACGUACCAGUUCUAUCUUGUAAAUCACGUCGUCAGAUCACAUCUAAUAAACUAUAUGUGGGCUAUUAAAAAGCUACUCUAAUAAUCUUUUGUAAUUUAAUAUCCGUUGUCAAUCGAAUAUACCAUAAUUAUCAAAAGGGGGCGUAGAUAGAACAGAUUGCCAUACAGACGUCAAUCGGUAAUACCAUAUUGUCAAAUAUGGACGUAUUAUCUUUUGCAUUGUUAUUUAUUUUUGUAAAUUCAAUAAGAAGUGAAUGUGUGAUUGACAAUCGUUCAAAGAACACCGUCUGGGAACAGAAGCUUCGAGAAGAUUUGACGGCAUGUGAUAGUAGAUAUCAACCCCCAAGUACAAAUGAAACACUUGUAAAUAUCAGUUUUACAUUAAAAUCCUUCUACUUCGAACACGAUGAAGAAAUAUUCACAAUAAGUAGCUGGGUGUUUCUUACCUGGAAUGAUUUAAGACUAACCUGGAAUCCAGACAACUAUGAUGGAAUAACAGAAAUACUACUUUCUAGUAUGAAGAUCUGGACCCCGAAGCUAUCACACUACAGCUCAAGUGGUGAGGAUGAAUUUGACUACAUAAUGACUGCAUGUCGUAUCACAGCAAAGGGACAUAUCACUUGCAUACCUAGAGUUGUCCACCAAACUGUGUGCAGUACAAAAUUAACACAUUGGCCGUUCGACACGCAAAAUUGUACUUUCGAAUUCGGUUCGAAGCCAGGAUUGGAUCGUGCUAAAUUUGUUUUAGAUGGUGCUAGAGGUAUCAAAAUGUUAGGUGCGGAAUACGGCCCUGGAUGGACUAUUGUUGAUUUUUCAAAAAGUGAAACUAAUGACUCAGAAUCGAUUAAAUUUUCAUUCAAUUUCAUCUUACAACGUGAAGGGGUCGGAUUAGCAGCUAUUGUUAUAGUUCCAUCACUAGUAUUAUCUUUUAUAACUGUGUGGUCAAUGACAUUAAAUGUUGACGACCAAAUACGUUUAGGUAUGCUAUGUUUUGGACUGUUGGGUCAUUUUACAUUUUUACAAGAAAUCAAUUCUGAUUUGCCCAAACAUAGCGCGGAUACCCCAACAGUGCUAUUAUAUUUGCGUUCGUCUAUCAUUUUAACAUUAUUAGCUAUUGGAAUAACAUUCCUUUUGAUGCAUUUAUGUAAAAAGUCUAAGCCACCGUCAAAUUUUAUAGUUACAAUAAAUGAAAAAGUAUUCGAAUCAUACGCUAGAUAUAUAAUUUGGCCAAAAUGGAAUACGACUGGAGAAAAUCAAAAUGAUGUUGCUAAAAUUUUAACUGCAUGGAUUGAUUUUGCUAGUAUUAUUAAUUUUGUCUUUAUGUUAAUUAUCGUUGUAACAUAUACUGUUAUGUAUUCUAUUUAUAUACCUAAGGAUCCAGAUUUCUAGAUUCUA